AUGGCGUCGUAUGACGGUGCCUUCAAUGAUACGGUGGUGAUGGAGUAUGGGGAUGGGUUCCCGUUGUUGAUGCCGAGAUGGGGCUACGUGGUGUCGGCGUUCGUGCUGUUCAUUAUUGGGUUCUUCGGCUUCUUCUUGAAUCUCAUGGUUAUCCUGCUAAUGUUCAAGGAUCGGCAGUUAUGGACACCGCUGAACAUUAUCCUCUUCAACCUGGUAUGCUCCGACUUCUCCGUGUCCGUGCUGGGCAACCCUCUAACCCUAAUAUCAGCCCUCUUCCACCGAUGGGUUUUCGGCCACACCAUGUGCGUUCUUUACGGAUUCUUCAUGGCACUUCUCGGUAUAACGUCCAUCACCACCCUAACAGUGAUAUCCUUCGAGCGCUACCUGAUGGUGACCAGACCACUGAGCUCCAGACAUCUGAGUUCUAAAGGUGCUGUGCUGUCUGUGGUCUUCAUCUGGAGCUACUCCUUAGCCUUGACCACGCCACCACUAAUGGGCUGGGGAAACUAUGUUAAUGAGGCAGCUAAUAUUAGUUGCUCGGUGAACUGGCACGAGCAGUCGAUGAACACGCUGACAUACAUCCUAUUCCUGUUCGCUAUGGGCCAGAUCGUGCCGCUGUCCGUCAUCACCUUCAGCUACGUCAACAUCAUCAGGACUAUGAAGAAGAACUCGAAGCGGCUAGGACGAGUGAGCCGAGCAGAGGCGAGGGCUACUACCAUGGUCUUUAUCAUGAUAAUAUCGUUCACCAUCGCCUGGACGCCUUACUCGCUCUUCGCGCUGAUGGAGCAGUUCGCUACUGAGGGAAUUGUAUCGCCGGGUGCAGGCGUUAUACCGGCUCUCGUAGCGAAAAGCUCCAUCUGCUACGACCCACUCAUAUACGUAGGCAUGAAUUCACAGUUCCGUCAAUCAAUAAAACGUAUAUUUGGAAUCCAUACAAAACGCGGGGGUUCACAGACAGAUAAAUGCUACAACAAUACUCUGCUAUCACCGGCUCACAGACAAUCUGCCUACAACGAUAUCACCGUCCGGUAUAACUCCGAAACCAUCAUGUCCAGUACACAGAGGAAAAGAGAUAGAAAUAAUAUCACCGAGGACUCUGACAACCAUUCGAUAUCCAUGACCAUUAAUGAAGUGGGAAAACUACCGGGGAAAUCUUACGAUUUAUGCACGAUACAAGAAACCAAAACAGCUUCAGACGCUGAAAGAUCCGGCGAUACUAUAUGCGACGAGGACAGCUGCGGGAGUAAUAAAAAGUUCGAACUAGUUUUCGGGGAGUCUUGCAAAAGUAUGCAGGAGCCGUCUCCAAUAGUGACCAUGGUAGAUUCACAACGCUUCCUGUUCACAAGAACAGCAAAUACUAAUGCCAGUAAUUCUUCUGCUAGCGUGCAUAGUGGCGAUAAAGCUCUCAUCGAUUUAAAUGAAGUCAAAGGCACAAAAAGACCUAUAAAGCACAGUUACUCGCUAGAUCUAGGUGGCAUUACAAUGGAGGGUAGGAAGAGAAAAUUUUCCAUCGAAACAAAGCUGGAAUCAUUUAGUCCAUCCAAAAUAUUUUCUAAAGAUCGGGUAGUGUGCAAACUUUUCGAAUCAGAUUCAAGGCACGAUGGUGUCAAAAGUUUUUUAUGCCGGUUUGAUAAAACCAACAGUGAAGAUGAUAACCUGUAG